AUGACCGCACUCACCACCCCCCCAAACUUUCCCUCCAUUUCAGAAAUCCUCCCAUCCCCCUUCCCCGCCCGUUCCAAAACCGCUUCUGCGAAAGUAAACGGCAUUGAUACAAAUGUAUCCUGCUUGUAUUUCGCCGACAAGAUUCUCAUUACCAUCACACAAGGGGGGAGAUUAGGACAAUGGAUGCAAGUCCCACUCACAUCCGCAUCUCCCACAUCGUACGAUACGUCGAUACCGCUCCCAUCAGCUGCGAAUGAAUCCGGAGAUGCGUAUGGAAAUGGAAAUGGAAAUAUGAUACUCCCGCUUGAACACCUCACUCCGAGAACGUUACUUGGUGCGGGGGGGGAGAAGAGAGAGAGGAUUGGUCAUUUGUAUGCGAGUCAGAUAGGGUCGAUGAUCUUGGGACGGGAUCCGGAGGAGAGGAGGACGGUGUUGGUGGGGUUGGGGUUGGAGCUGGGAGAGAAAGAGGCGAGGGAGGGGGAGAGGGAGGGGUAUUUUGAUUUGUUGGAGUUGGUUCAGGGGGUUCUGUGA